UCGUGGACUAACUAGCAUGGUCAUUUCUAUAACAUCCUAACUGAUGCACGGCAGAGUUUUAUACAAAAGUUAAUUUUCCUCGCACUUAAAUGACGUUCAUGUGAGUCUGCGUGUACAACUAUCCUGAGGAAAGAUGGCUGCGUGUGCCAUUCGCCGCGGUUUGUUGUCAACUGUUAGUAAAUGUAAUAGGAAACGUGCGCUCAGAAUACUUAGUGUGAUUGAAUAUAACACUGGACUUGAACUAAAUAGACUCCGCUUGCAAUGUUCGUCCUGUGGCUUGUUCAACUUCCAGCAGACGAGGUUCAUGUCGUCACGAAACAGGCCUGAAGGAAAAGUUCUGGAAGCUGUGGGAGUGUUUGAGGCCCCGAAACAUCAUGGCAAAUAUGAGACCGGCCAGCUUUUCCUCCACAGUGUGUUUGGCUACAGAGGGAUAGUUUUAUUUCCCUGGCAUGCACGUCUUUAUGACCGUGAUGUCACCCCUCCCACUUCUGAAAGCAAGCAAGACCCCCCUGGAUCACACGGGUCUAAAGAGGUGAAGGGCAAAACACACACAUACUACCAGGUCUUGAUCGAUACCCGGGACUGCCCUCACAUAUCUCAGCGGUCUCAGACGGAAGCAGUGACGUUCCUGGCCAAUCACGACGACAGCAGGGCCCUCUAUGCCAUUCCAGGUCUGGACUACGUUAGUCAUGAAGACAUCCUACCCUACAACUCCACAGAACAGAUCCCCAUUCAGCAUGAGCUAUUUGAGCGUUUUCUCAUGUACAACCCAGCCAAAAAUCCCCCGUUCAGUGCGAGAGACACCCUGCAGGCGUGGCAAGAGAAGAACCAUCCCUGGCUGGAGCUGUCAGACGUCCACCGGGAAACCACGGAGAAUAUCCGCGUCACUGUCAUUCCUUUCUACAUGGGCAUGAGGGAAGCUCAAAAUUCACAUGUCUAUUGGUGGAGAUACUGUAUCCGUCUGGAGAACAUGGGCGAUGAAGUGGUCCAGCUGAGAGAGAGACACUGGAGGAUUUUCAGUCUCUCAGGAACCUUGGAAACAGUCAGGGGACGAGGAGUCGUUGGCAGGGAGCCCGUGCUGUCAAAAGAGCAGCCAGCCUUUCAGUAUAGCAGUCACGUUUCUCUGCAAGCACCAAGCGGUCACAUGUGGGGGACAUUCCGCAUCGAGAGGACAGAUGGCUCCCACUUUGACGUGCGCAUUCCACCCUUCUCCCUGGAGAGCAACAAGGACGACAAGGCGCCCCCUGCUGGUUACUCUUUCUGACCCAGCCCCUGCACACACAGCACCACACCUGCAGCCAACAGUAGUCCUGCAAGCAUCUCUCCUUUAUCUGUUGCUCCAGUGGGGAUUCAGUGUUAUCAGAUGUCGCAGCGCUUGCCCUUGAUCUUUAAGUAAUCUGAUUUGUUUCAAGAUUUUCAACGGUGACAUAACUCUUAGCCAGCACUGUUAGCCAUGGCUUAUCGCACAUUGACGCUUUUAAAAAGAACAAAGUGGGGAAGUUUGUGCAGUCGCUGAGGUUCCAGCUUACGUGACAUUUAGCUGAAGUCCUGAUGGUCAGGAUGAGCUUGAAGAGGUUUGGAAGAUGAAGCACACUGGUCAGAUCUGGGCCUUUGGGCAGCCAUAGCAAUUUUGCGAAUGAAAAGCCAGAAUUCUUGGUGGUCCCUCAGUUUUUAUUUAUACCGGUCAGGAUAGCAGACUGAUCCCAGCUGAAGCUUUAUAAUAUAUAUUUUUUUGUGAAAUCCUGAUGUUCUGAGCGGUUAUGUUUUGGAGAUCCUUUACCCACAGAAUGUAGAAUGCAGAACCAACAGGUUGGUUUGGGUGUGAGUGACCGCUGCACAGUGAUGGGUGUGAGUUACCAUGUCCUCCAGUGUAGUUGUUUCUUGGGAGACUUUCUUGCCACUUUGCAAGGAAUCUUUUUUUUUUUUUUUUUAAUUGGAACUUAAUUUGAAUAAAUGAACACCUGAAUAUGUCCUCAAUGUACUGUAAAUAAUAAGGUUGUAAAGGCAAAAAAAUAAAACAUGCAUUUUGAAAAUAG